AUGGCCUUUGAUCUCAUCACGUCCCUUCUUAGCUUGGAGGCCGCCGGAGUCGCAUGGCUGCUCAUGCUCUCGACAGCAACUAUCCUCAUCAUAUCCUCUCAGACGUCAUAUUCAAUCGGUGGGAAGGGACCAUUUGGCUUCAGGGGGUAUCAUGCACGACGAAGGUACCGCAUCCCCAGUGCAUGUCAUUCAGCUCUGUUAACUGUAUUCCAUGCCGAUGUCGUGCGUAUUUCAACACCAGAUAGACCUCUGCUUGUGCUCGCGCCAAAGUUUGCAAAUGAGUUCAGUAACCACCCUGCAUUGCGAUUCCAAAAAUAUCUUGAAUCUGUGUUUCAUCCACAUACUUCAGGAUUGGAAGUUUUCCAAGAAUUAGCUAGAAACGACGUCCUACCAGACAGUAUCCGGGGGAAGCUGAACCGGAAUCUCAACAAAAUCGUUCAGUCUCUUUUGCCCAAGGUUGCAACACCGUUGAAGGAGCAUUGGACAGACGAUGCAGGUUGGUAGUAGUGGGGGGCGCCACAGGAUGUAACAAUCACUAAGAGUGGACAAGAUUGGCAUGUCGUUAGUCCCACUGCCACCGCUGAAUUCCUAAUUCCUCGACUCGUAUCCCCAGUACUGGCGGGUGAGUCACUAUACUAGUAAAAGGAAGAG